AUGGGCAUGGUGAAUCCCUGUGCCUUAGUCAGUUCCUGCCAUUUGAUGAAGACUGUAUCAAGGACUUGGGUUAAUGGCAGAUGCCUGACCUAUCAACAAGCCCUGCCAACUCAGCCAGUGCCCACACUUCAGCAUACCUGUGAGCGCUACCUCAUCCUCCUGGAGCCCUUUGUGGAGGUGGAUGAGCUGAAGAGAACAAAACAGCUGGUGCAAGAAUUCCUGAAACCAGGAGGCGUUGGAGAAAAACUGCAAAAAGGCCUAGAAAGGAAGGCUCACAAUACUGACAACUGGUUAACAGACUAUAUGGUGCAGACUGACUAUCUUGACAACCGUCUGCCUGUGGUGGCUUAUUCAAAUAACAGUGGUUCCUUUCCCCGAAUGGACUUCAGGGAUGAGGAGGGACAAAUAAGGUGUGCUGCCAAAGUGAUAAGAGCUAUUUUGGACUCCAAGACAAUGACUGACAAUGAGGCGCUACCAGCUGAUUACCUGGGAGGAAAACCCCUGUGUAUGAAGCAGUAUUCCCAAAUGCUAUCAUCAUGCCGUAUUCCGGGCCUGGAGACGGACUCGGUUGUGUUCCAUGGCAAGACUUCUUACCCUUCCAGAUGCAUUACAUUGGCAUACAACAGUCAGUUCUUUAUGCUGGAGGUCUACAAUAGUGAUGGGAGUCCUUUGACUGUGCACCAGCUUUGUGUUCAGCUGGAGAGAAUCUGCAGCUCUUCACUGGAGACGAGCACAGAGCCCGUUGGCAUCCUCACCUCCUUAAAUCGUGACUCCUGGAGCAAAUGCUAUGACAGAUUGAUCCAAGAUAAGACCAACAAAGAAGCGCUGUCAGCUAUCCAGAGGAGCAUCUGUGUAGUAUGUCUGGAUAAAGCCAUGCCUCAAGUGCCUGAUGACAUGUACACCAGAUGUAAUGUCCUCCAGAUGAUGCAUGGAGGAGGCAGCCAGUGGAACAGUGCCAACCGCUGGUUUGAUAAAUCACUACAGUUCAUUAUUGGAGAAGAUGGGGCAUUUGGUAACAACGUCUCACAUAGUUGUUUAGAUGGUACAAUUGGUAUGGCCUUGACUGAUUAUGUUUUAGCAUCCAUCAAGAAACUAGAGAUCAUGGAGUCUUCCACGGUGCCUUUGCCCACACCUCAGAAACUACACUUCAACAUCACAGCUGACAUCAAAAAAGCAAUUGAGGAGGCCAAACGAAGCAUUGAUAAAAUCGUCCAAGACCUGGAUUUCAGUAUUCUCUCAUUCAACCACUAUGGGAAAAACUUUCUAAAAGCAAACAAGAUGAGCCCUGAUGCUUUCAUACAGAUGGCUAUACAGCUGGCCUACUACAGGGUGCACCGGCAGCACUGUGCAUCUUAUGAAGCAGCUUCCAUGCGACUGUUCAGGCAGGGACGUGUAGGUGAAAUCCCCUCAACUUCAAGUGCCUCAGUUGCCUUUGUCAUGGCUUUUAAUGACCCAAACAAGAAGGUAUGAGGUGGGUUAGGGAGAGGGAGGGGGGUUGCAGGUAUUUCACUCUAGGAUUGUGGGUAGAGUUAUUUUUCUUUGACACUGAAAAUAAAAUUCAGUGCCACAGAAAAUGAUGUCAGAGCUCAUAGUACAUCUGCUGUGGAUGAUUGCAUUAUGACUAAUCAAUCCCCAUGAAGAAUCUGAAUGGGAUUUUUACCUGCAGAACACUCUGUUCUGUUGCCAACUUUCCUUGGGUCUCACUUCAGCAUUUGAAGUAAGCUAACAGUUUCACUUAUUUACAUGAUGCUGCUACGUAAUGCUUUAGAUUACAAAGUUCAGUCAUAAACACUACCCUGUUACAAGUGAUGAAUUGUAACUUGUAAUCUUGUUGUACAGAACACAGAGAAAGUGGAUCUUUUGAGGAAAGCUAUAGAAGUGCACAAAUGGAACACUAACAUGGUGAGUUUUAAUGACAAAACUGCUCAGUGCUUCAGUUUGGUGGCAGUCUGUUCCUGUUAAAUAGGACAACAAAAUGUUAACAUAAACACACACUACAGUAAAAAUCAGCUUACAAACUUUGCACCUCUCAAUCCAGGCUGGGUAAACACAACACCACUAACAAGCUCUGUAUUUACAUAUCUUUCAGCUGUAUUCAAAAAUAACAUCAUUGUUGAGAGUGGUGGAAGUCACACUGUUAGUCUGUAUGAGCAGCUGUGUAGACUACAGAAUGAGCUGUGCUGUUCCUAUUGGCUGUUCCAUUACUCAGAUCUUUUCCUGAAAGGGGCAGUGCAGCAGCCAGGUUGAUUUAAAGCGACAGACACUGAAACAGAUGAUUGUUGCAGACACUGUACAAAAAAUGCUGUCUGAUAUUUCUGGAAAACUUCAAAUAUGCUAUAAAUGUAAAUUAUGGGGACAUGUGACACACAUUAUUUUGACAUAAAUUGGCAAUGGUUAAAAGUGUAAAGUUUAAGACGCCUGUAAAGAUGCUGAACUCUACUCCACACUGAUGCCAACAAGGUAAUAAAUGCAGGAAAGAACAGCAAAGAUGGGGAAGAGAGGACAAGCUGUCAUACUGAUGGGCAGCAACAACUGCUCUUCUAAAAUGAUUUGAUGGCCUUUCUCUUUGGCGUUGAAUGCUCCAAGAGCAGAAAACUGUCAUUUUAAAAAAUAAAACCGUUCUUAAAAAUCCCUACACUGCUUCUUUGUUUUGCCUUAGUUUUUUUAUAGUUUAUCAGAGAUUGUAUUUACCUAACAAUCUAGAAUUAUGACUAGAUUGUAGUCUUCUCUAUACAGCCGUGGUUAAAACAAAUGAUGGGUAAUAGAACUCAAUGGAGACUGUAUAAUUACACAAAGCCUUCACUAUCCCUUGUGUAUCUGCCGGUCUGCUAGCAUCCACUUGAAUCUGAGACCAGAUGACCUUUUUCUUCAAAAUGAAACUUUUCAUCAAAAUGUACCACCUGCACAUGGGCCUAGGCGAUGGACUUCAAAGAAGUAUAUCAGGAAUGACUACUUAGCUGUACAUGUCCAUGUCACUAUAAUCUAGGCUUAAGAAGACGAUCAUAGGAUAUAAAACUAUGGGGAACGAAAAAACCUCAUGCAAACAUGGAUCAAAGAAUCAGACUCUUUUGUUGUUGUCAUGCUGAGACUGUCUGAAAAAUACUGUGUAAGCACUCUACAGGUCAUGUUUAGUCCUGUGCAAAUAUUGUGAGUUGUCUUCUUUGUAAAAGGAAAUUAGUGGACAGACAGUCUUUGGGCACUUCCUGGGUCUACAGCACCAAGCAACUGAGAAAAAUAUUCCCAUGCCGGAUAUCUUCACAGACGCCUCCUUUGAUAAAGUUUUUGACUAUCGACUUGCUACUAGUCAGGUGAGGAGCACAGCUGAAAUGGAGCUGACAAUAUGUUAAUAGUAUUAUAUUACUAGAGACAUAUAAUCAAACUUCUGUCUGCUGCAAAAAAUGGUUAAUGUUUCUCCAAUUUGUAUCUUUCCAAACUGAUGAGGAAGGGACUCAUUUAUAUUUUGUUUAAAUAUUAUUUUUGUUUUAUUGUAUUCAGACAGCAGCCUCAACUGAUAGUUAUGAUUAAAAAAAACAAACAAACCACAUAUUAAGAUCAAGGACACCUUUAGGCGCUAUAUGUCAUGGUAUUAGCUGUGUUGCUAAACAGGUUUCAAUCAUUCUCACAGAAGUGCAUAUCAUAUGGUUUAACACAAUAAUUAACCACUAUGUCAAACUUUGUUCUACUUCACAAGGUGCCGUCCAAAUCUGGUUGUCUUCCAUGUGCUGGUCCUUAUCAAUAUAAAACGUAUGAUAUAUGCUAUACUCUUUUGAAGGAUGACAUGACUUUUGUGGUGUCAGCCUUCAAAACAAACACAGAAAAUAAUUCAGAAGAGCUAAAAAAAGCUGUGGAGGAUGCACUGCUGGACAUGAGGACCAUACUGUGAAAACAAAGACGUGAGUGAAGUGGUGGCUUUUCACUUUUGUUGAAUGAGAAUGUGACUAAGAGGCUUUGCUGUUGUAAUGUUUUGUUUUGUUUUGUGGGGUUUUUUGGGGGGGGGGGCUUGCAAGCUACUUUUAAAAUGACCAGGGUAGUGGGGUGGAUUGUUCAUCCCGUUCCUCCUUGCAUGUAGAAGCAGAUACUGAUCCUGCUGAUCGGUUAAGGACCUUCUAAGGCCCUGGCCAGCUCUCCUAGAGUUAACUGCCUGUCUCCUGGAAUCUUCUCCAUAAUGUGCUAAGAGACCCUGCAAACUUGCUGGCAAUGGUGAAUACUGAUUUACCAUCCUGGUGGAAUUGGACUACCUGUGCAACCUCAGUAGGAGGUUAAGAAAAGACAACUAAGUUUAAGAAAGAUUUCUCCACCAUCUUAAGUGCCAACACAAUGCAAAUCCCCUACCUAAACUUUACUCCCGCAGAGGUAGAUUAUCUUGUUAAUAGCCUUAACAUCCUCACCACGUACAAACCUGGAUACUGUAGUUUCUCUGAAAAAGAAAGCAACCUGGAGAGUAAAUGGCACGCUCAUUUAGAAAAUCUUUAUUUGGCCUGGGAUAAUAAUUUGAUCAGAAAGUUUGAAAGCCCUCUUUAAAGCUAGGACGUCUUACCGUUUGUCACUGAUGAAGAAAAUUGGGAGAACCCCAGGUUUCUUUUCAGCAUUUUAACCAGGCUGAGUCUGAGCUAAGUAUUCCUUUAAUCGUAGCUAACAUUUAAUUUCUUUGCAAAUAAAGAUUUAUCUAAAAAUAUUUGCAAUAAUCCCACAAUGUGUCAUUAAAUACAGCAAGUUUAAUAACUUCUGAUAUUUACUUACUUUCUCUCUCAUACCUUAUACAUCAGGCCACACAUGGGUCUGAGGUAUGUAUGAGGUGGCAUUAAUUAAAGCAUUACGUGAGCCAUCUUGGUUAAUUAUCGCCUAAUUUCUAACUCUUUUUUUUUUUUAAAUGCUUGAAAUACUGUAAUAGUGUGAAACAGUACUUUAUCAUCAGUGAUGGGAAUAACGGCGUUACAAGUAAUGGCGUUACUUUUUACAGUAAUGAGUAAUCUAACUAAUUACUAUUCCUAUCGUUACAACACCGUUACAGUUACUAACAAGAAAAUG